AUCUGGAGGCUAACAGGCUGAACCGGACCUUCAGUACUUAUUUCAUGUUGGAUUUGUUUGGUAUGAGGUGGCUUGACAGAACUUGGAUUCCUGUCUGACGUUUCUUCUUUCACAUCCACAGAUCUACUGGAGUGAAUGCUGAAGACGGUGGCUGACCUUCAGAAAAGUGGACGUGAAAGUGUCACCAUGUGGAUCCCGACCCCCAGCAUGACGCUCGCUCAGCGCACUGUCCUCUAUGUGACCUGUUUCGUGGCCCUGGUGAACUCUGUGGGCCUGUUGAUGCUCCUGAUCCAACAGAACCAACAGCGGGUCUGGCUGAAACAGACGGAAGCCAGGCUGACGGAGGUGGAGCAGAGCUCGGUGGUGGAGUUCCUUCAGGAGGUGCCUAGAGGAGGAGCAGGGAUUCGGGCAAGUAUCGGAGAGCCCCAGCAAUACCAGUAUUCAAGGAACAAGAGGAGUGAAGAGCUGGAGAAAGAGAGGCAGUUGAAGUUGAAGGAGCUCCAGCAGGAGGUGGGGCAGGAGCUCCAGCAGGAGGUCAGCCAUGAGGUGGGAGAGGAACCGGAGAAGAAGACGAAGCAUGGGCUGAAGCGCAAGCACAGCCAGAGUCAUCACAAAGUUCACAUGCAGGAUGACAUGAUGAUGAUGAUGACUUACUCCAUGGUGCCGAUCAAAUUGUUGAUUGACAUUUGCAACAGCACCAAGGGUGUCUGCCUGGCCGGACCCCCAGGACCCCCUGGUUUGCCUGGUGCAGAUGGCAUUCCAGGCAACAACGGGACUGAUGGCAUCCCAGGACUGAAUGGACUGCCCGGGGCUGAAGGGAAACGAGGAAGAAGAGGGCAACCAGGUGAGAAGGGAGAAGCAGGUGAAAGAGGGCAGCAAGGUGAACCUGGUCCCCCUGGAGAAAAUGCCCAGCCAUCCAAUGAUGUCUUUAUUGAGGGACCUCAAGGCCCUCCUGGUCCUCCUGGUCUUCCAGGACCUCCAGGACCAAUGGGAUCUCCAGGCCCACAGGGCCCAACAAGAAUCAGGCACCACAAAGGCCAUUUUGCUGCUCAGACAUUUGGGCCAUUACACAGUGUUCCAAAUGAUGAAACCUCAUCUCAUCAAGAGGCUCUCAAACACCAAGAGAAGUCAACCAAAAUGAAAGAGUGCCUGAUUAAGUCGCUGAUCAACCCCAGGAACAUGACACAAAUGGAGACCACAUUCGGCACCUGGAUGAAAGACACUGCACAGCUGGAUGACGAGCAUAUAUGGGUCGCAGAACACUUUUCUGGUCGUGUGUUGAAGGAGUACAAAAACACUGCCGCUUUCCAUAACAGGAGCAGUGAAUUUGUGGAUGUGAGGAAGUUCUACCAGGGUUGUGGCCACAUUGUUCACAACGGUUCUUUCUAUUAUCACAUCGCUGGCACCUCGCGCAUAGCCAGAUUUGACUUUCACUCCAAGAGGCUUCAAACGCUCACCAUAGACAACGCUUCAUAUCACAACCUCUCCUACUUGUUCCACAACUCCAAGACCUACUUCAAACUGGCUGUAGAUGAGAAUGGAUUGUGGCUGAUCUACGCCUCCAGCGAGGAUGAGAGUGUCAUGGUGGCACAGAUGGACCAGAAGACCUUCUCAGUCACCUCGUACAUGAACACCACUUACCCACGCACAAAGGCUGGUAAUGCUUUUGUUGCAUGUGGUGUCCUGUACGUUACCGACGACAAGGACAUGAGAAUCAACUUUGCUUUUGACCUGCUGAAGGGAAAGCCGGUUAAUGUGACCUUUGAUCUGAGGUCUCCAGGUGGUGUUCUGGCAAUGCUCUCCUACAGUCCUAAGGACAGACAUUUAUAUGUGUGGGACCAAAGCUACGUAAGGCUCUAUGUGGUCCACUUCAUCUCUGAUGACUGAGAACCUUUAUCCCACCUGACCAUCAAAGACCCAUGCGCAGCUCGCACACAAAGUAUUCAUACAAAGGGAAAUUUAACCUUUUUAAUCUCUACAAAGUGACCCAAAUUCAAUACAAAUAUAAAAGUUUAUUCAUUGCAGACAAAUUCCACCAGUUUAACAUCACACAGCCAUUUAUUUUCAUAUAUUUUGGUCCUGUGUGUUACUUUAAGUCAAGGAAUUUAUUUAGUUUUAACACCUCAAACUGUCUUGGAGAGAACA